AUGGCAGCCCAUGGUAUUCCCCGCUACUCGCUCCAAGGCGAGCAGACCGAAGAAGGUCGGCAGAAAGAGCUUCAGAAAAUCGAGAAAUACCGCCAACUUGAUCAGUCGGUCCGCGAAAAGAUCGCGGAACAACAAUAUACGCCAGGGACUCUAGAGAAAAUAGCCGAACUACUGACCAGCAACCCGGAGUACUAUACCGUUUGGAACUAUCGGCGCCAGGUGUUGCGCAAUGAAUUUUCACGAGCAGCUUCAGCAGACUCAAACGAAGCAACUGCUGAGCAGAUUGCGACACUAAUCAAGAAUGACCUACUAUUCACGGUCCCCCUCCUACGUAGCUUUCCCAAAUGCUACUGGAUAUGGAACUACCGUACUUGGCUGUUGGAUGAAGCCAAGCGUCUGCUUCCAGUACCUGCUGCGCAAAAAUUCUGGCAGGAGGAACUGGGGCUGGUAGGGAAGAUGCUUACCCUCGACAGCAGAAAUUUCCACGGUUGGGGUUACAGACGCUUUGUCGUAGAGACGCUGCGAGAGCUCAAAUCGGAGGAGCAGGAAGGGCAACAGAUGACGCAGACAGAGUACGAAUAUGCAAAGAAGAUGAUUGGGGCUAACCUCUCAAACUUCUCGGCCUGGCAUUAUCGUACGAAACUCAUCCAGCGCAUGUUGAAUGAGAAAUCCGCUAGCGACGCGGAGCGAAAAGCGAUGCUUGACAAUGAAUUGGACUUGAUCCAUCGUGCCUUGUGUGACCCGUAUGACCAGUCAUUAUGGUUCUAUCAUCAGAACCUAAUGUGCGUCUUUGAUCCAUCUGUGGCGGAUCAGACGCUGGCACCGCACUUGAGUGAUGGUGAACGCCUUGAUUAUCUCCGACAGGAAAUCGACGAGAUCCAAGAUAUGUUGGAUGGGGCUGAAGAUUGCAAGUAUAUUUACCAAGCAUUGAUUGAUUGUACGAUGUUGGCGUGGAAGGUGGAGGGAAGAGCGCCCAGUGGAGAGGAGAAAAAGAAGGUGCAGGAUUGGCUGUCGGAAUUGAAGAAGCUGGACCCGCUGCGACUCCAACGGUGGCUGGAUUUUGAACACUCCCUCAGCCGCUGA